AUGGCUGUCAAGAACCCUUUUGGGUUCACGACGGGCCCCGUUACUUUCUGGCUGAUCGUCGUCUACGCGGCUUUCCUGAUCCCCCUCGUAUGGAUACACGAGUCUGUCCCGGCUGUCCCUAGCAGCAGCAAGAAUCCUUAUCCACAGCUCAACGUAACCGAGGCCUGGCACGACUUGACGCACAUCACCAGGAAGUACCACCCUUACAACAGCCGUGCCAACGAUGAGGUGGGCGCGUACUUUAUGAAGCGGAUCGAGGAGAUCCUGGUUCGCAACAAGGUUGAGUACACUAAAGAGAAGGAUGCUGGCGGCGUCAUUUGGCCCCAGGAAGCUUAUGAUGCGCCCGCCCCUGCGAAACGAGACGUGCAACGCCGCGAUUCAAAGGGACCUGCAGUUACCAUCUUUGACGACACAAUAUCCAACACCACCUAUCUUGGCACAUCGGGCUCUUUUAAUCAGGCUGGCGCCUAUGGUACCUACUUUGAGGGCACGAACAAGUUGGUCUACAUUCGCGGCACGUUGGAUGAAGACGGCGAAUGGUGGAAUGGCAAGCGCGAUCCCCGAAAGAUUGGCCAGGGUGGUGUUCUCGUCAAUGCCCACUACGACUCUGUAUCUUCUGGUUACGGGGCCACUGAUGAUGGCAUGGGUUGCGUGAGUAUCCUGCAGAUCCUCAACCAUUAUACCAGCCCUGGCCAUCAGCCCAUGCGUGGAAUCGUGCUGCUGCUCAACAACGGCGAAGAAGACGGUCUGUAUGGAGCCAAAGUCUACCACUACAGCCCUCUUUACUACUUCACCACCUCGUUCGUGAACCUCGAGGGCGCUGGCGCCGGCGGACGUGCCAUUCUUUUCCGAACGACGGACCUGGAGGUCACCAAGGGUUAUGAAGGCGCGCCUCACCCCUUUGGCUCUGUCGUCGCGGCAGACGGAUUCAAGCUCGGUGCCAUCAGAAGUGAGACAGACUAUAAGGUAUGGACUGAAUCCUAUGGCCAGCGCGGCCUGGACAUUGCAUUCUAUCGCCCUCGAGCACGAUACCAUACGAACCAGGACGACACCCGCCACGCGUCGCAGGAAAGCUUGUGGCACAUGUUGUCCAACAGUUUGGCGGCCGUCGACAACCUCCAGCACACCACUGGCUAUUUCAGCGGUAGCAGAAAUGACGGAGACAAGAAGAAGGUGGCGAGCGGCUCCGGCACAGACGGCGUGUGGUUCGAUAUGUUCGGAACGGGCUUCGCCAUCCUAGAGCUCCGUGGCCUGUUUGCCUGGACGUUGACUCUUCUCAUCGUCUCUCCGCUGGUUCUGGCUCUGGUCACCUACAUUCUCUCCAGGAAAGACAAGUACUAUUUCUUCUCACGCAAGGUCACGGCCGAUGAGGAUGAUGAACCCGUGUCUGUCGGAGGCUGGAAGGGCUUCUUCCGGUUCCCCUUUGCUUUGGUCCUUUCGGCCUCAAUCACGGUUCUCUCGGCCUUUUUGAUUAGACGGGUCAAUCCUCACAUCAUCUACAGCAGCCCCUACGCGGUAUGGGCAAUGACUCUGUCUCUAUUUUUCCUUGUCUUCUGGACGAUCGCCAAGGGCGCCAGCGUUGUCAGGCCGAGUGCCCUCCAGCGCGGGUACGCCCACAUCUGGUUGUUCGUCAUCAGCUGGGUCAUCCUUGUUGCGGUCACUGCCGCUGCCGACAGAUUCAAGAUAGCUUCGGGCUAUCCCUUCGCAUUCUUCCAUUCCGCCGUCUUCGUUUCGGCACUCAUCAGUCUCUGCGACCUUUUCGCGCUUCCCAGCAAACAGGAGUUUGCGCGGAACGCCCACAACGAUCAGCAAACUAGGGAUAACAUAUCCGAGGUCCCCAACUCGGAUGCGCUGAUAUCAUCCCGUCAUUCUCAUGUGGAAGACGAUGUCGCAGAGGAGCCGACAGAGACUACACCUCUUAGGAGUGGCGAGAACGGGAAUGGAAACAACGGUACCAUCCGCACGACAUUUGCUACGACCUACAGACGCUCGCUCUCAGCCAUCAUGAGAACCCCUGACGAAGAAGAGAACAAGGAAACGGAACAGCAGCCUUAUGACCACGAGCAGCAGUGGUCAGCCAAUCUUCCGUCAUGGACCUGGUUUUUCCAGCUCCUUCUGCUUGCCCCAAUCACUAUCACUGUUUUCCUUCAAAUUGCCCUCUUCAUCGUCUCGGCGAUCCACUCGGCCGCCGCCGAUGGCAACGACCCAAUACUAGUAUACGCGGCAAUCGCUGCGUUUAGCAUCAUCAUUCUUCUGCCUGCCACGCCCUUCAUCCACAGGGCUAGCUUUUAUCUCCCCCUGUUCCUGCUUUUGGUCUUCUUCGUUACUCUCAUCUAUAACCUGGUCGCUUUCCCCUUCUCCGCAGAAAAUCGUCUGAAGGUUAGGUUCCAACAGACUCUUGACUUGGACGCGAAUACAUCGGUCAUCUCCAUUACCGGCCUUGAGAAGUACACGCGGAAGAUGAUUGCAGAGCUCCCCUCUGGAGCGGGCCAGCCCGUCAACUGUACACCUGGCUAUGGGUUGACAUCUGAUUGUCGAUACAACGGUGCGGCUGUGAUGCCAAAUCUGCCCCAAUUCACCCACGCCCUCCCUGCCAAUGUGUCAAAGGGCAGAUACGCGAAUCUCGUGACUGUCAACAUUAGCCGUUCGGACUCGAGCAGCAAAUUAGAGUUCGGGAUUGAUGCGGCAGAGUCGAAGGUUUGCAAUUUGGCCUUUGACACACCGGUGUCGUUCAAUGUCCGCGGCAGCGCUGGAAUAGACCCCAUCUUCAGCCGACCCACCGAACAAGGCGUGCGAAUGCUUACCCUUUGGCGCAGAGACGCGUCAAUCCCCUGGGUAGUCGACGUCGAACCAAUCAAAACCAAGGCCGUGCCAGCUGGCGUUUUAGCCAAAUCCAGUGAUUCUGACGCCGGGGCCGUUCACGAGGAUCUGCGCGUUCGAAAGUCGGCUGAACUGAGUGGCACGAUCGCAUGCCAAUGGAGCGAUGCCAACGUCCUGGGGACCAUCCCGGCGUUCGAUGAGGCUCUGCAGUUUUCCCCUGACUGGAUCGCCGUCACUAAGGCAUCUGUGGGCCUAGUUGAGGGGCGGAAGAAGUUCCGGGCCUGA